AUGGGGAGCGUACCUUUCUGCAUGAGAUCAAGAAAGGAAGCGCUCCAGCUCCUCAAGAAGUUGGUCAGCCAAGCUUUCUUUGGAAGUUGUGGCCUGUUAAUUCCUUUGGGAAUCGAUUCCUCACAUGUGCCAGGAGAUCACAUCCUGCUUCCUUCACAGGGCCAUGUUUCCAGAGAAUGGUCCGCGUCUCCAGCUCCCAACCUGAUGGGCAAGGGGUCAACCAAGCCAUCCGUAUGGUUCCUGGUUGCCCCUUUUGGAUCCCAGUGCAGCCUAGCAAAGAGCAAAGCUGUUAACACACCCGCGUUUGCUCGGCACACAACCCAAGCGGAAGCGGAACUCAGGGCCUUUCCCCAAAAGGUAUGGUGUGUAUACUAUCUAUGGUUUUAAGGGAAAGGCCUCUGGUGGGAUUUAGCUUGCCCAGGGCAGGAGCGUACUGAGAUUUAUUUUGUUGUUGUUGUUUUUUUAAAUGAUAUUUAUUGAGAAUUUUAAAGUUACAAAGGAAAAAGAAGGAAAAAAUAAGAAAAAGAGAAAAAGAAGGAAAAGAAUAGAUAAAAAUAACAAUUAAACAAUACAAAUCAAUGAAAACCAAAAUCAAAAAGAAAAAACAAAACACACAAUGCAACACAAUAAAAAAACAAAAAUAUACAACAAGUUUAAAAACAAAUCCAAUAUUCCCAAAUCCUUAACUUUCAUGAACUUAUUUCAUCGACCUCCUCACACCUCCCUUUUUUGUAUUCUAGUUGUUAAUUAUCUCAGCAAAUCCCUUCCAUCUUUCACAAUAUUCUGUCAUUAAAAUUACCUUGAUCUAUUUUAACCUUAUCUUACCAUAAAAAACCUUAAAACUUAAAACUUAAAUCUUAUUUAUACUGAAUUCUUUUAACCAUAACAUAUUCUUACAUAAUUCUUUUUAACAUUUCUGCUAAAGCCAAUUAAUUUCAUUCCAACAUUUUUCUGAUACACAUUAAUUUUGCGAUACUUUUCUAAAUAAAUUUUUAAAACUUUCUUCCAAUCUUUAUCCAUCGUCUCUUCUCCUGGUCUCGGGUUUUGUCAGUCCUUUCUAUCCCAUUCAUCUAGUCCAUCAACCUGGUGACCUUAUAUCCGAGGCUCUUAAGUCUUUUCCAUGUCCCUUCCGCAGGUCUUCUUCAUGUUUAUACCUGUACUUUACUUUGUCUUCUGCUCCUUUCACUCUGGGAGACUCCAACUUGUCAAUAUUUUUGUCCCUUCUCGACAAUUUAGCACCUUUUCCAUAGUCAACACUGAGAUCCAUGUGGUAUUUAAAGGCAUGUUUCAAGGCCCCUCCAAAAUUUAUUUUGUAUUAUCUGUUUGCACCAUCACUGUGUGCAACCCUUGAGAAAGAGGUUCGUGCCCCAAGGGGCUUACAAUCUUUAAUUUGACAUGGGGAGGCAACAGGGAAAGGUUGAGGGUCCAAGGGGGUUCCUGAGUCCUGCUGAAAGACAUAAGCCAGGGUCUGUGAGUUUAAAUUUAGACAGCUGAAUGUGCUUCUGAUAGGACGUUCUGUCCAUGGAGUUCAGUCUGUGGUUUCCCCAUUCACAUGUGCAACUUUACUUGAAGUUGCAGUCAUACAAUACAUGAAACGGCUUGCCUCAUCUGAACAUCGGCUGCCGUUUUUCUCCCAGAGGGCCUGGAGGACCCACUAAGGAAAGGGCCAGAGGAAGGUUUGAAGGAAAUAAAAAGUAAGGCAAAAAUAUGAUUGUUUAUUAAUUAUUAUUAUUAUUAUUAUUAUUAUUAUUUAUUCCUCGUCCAUCUGGCUGGGUUUCCCCAUCCACUCUGGGCGGCUCCCAACAGAACACUAAAACUUCAAACAUUAAAAACUUCCCUAAACAGGGCUGCCUUCAGAUGUCUUCUAAAAGUCAGAUAGUUGUUUAUUUCCUUGACAUCUGGUGGGAGGGCGUUCCACAGGGCGGGCACCACUACCAAGAAGGCCCUCUGCCUGGUUCCCUGUAACCUCACUUCUCACAGUGAGGGAACCACCAGAAGGCCUUUGGAACUGGACCUCAGUGUCCACGCUGAGCGACAUGGGUGGAGACGCUCCUUCAGGUAUACUGGGACGAGGCUGUUUAGUGCACUAAAGGUCAGCACCAACACUUUGAAUUAGCACAUACAAUCAGGAACCGCCCUCAGACCUGCGGGUAUAGGGCAAUACAGUGGUACCUUGGGUUACAUACGCUUCAGGUUACAGAGUCCGCUAACCCAGAAAUUGUGCUUCAGGUUAAGAACUUUGCUUCAGGAUGAGAACAGAAAUCAUGCUCUGGUGGUGUAGCGGCAGCAGGAGGCCCCAUUAGCUAAAGUGGUGCUUCAGGUUAAGAACAGUUUCAGGUUAAGAACGGACCUCUGGAACAAAUUAAGUACUUAACCCGAGGUACCACUGUAUAUAAAUUCCAGAAACAACAACAACAACAAUUAGGAUAGAAAGGAAAGGGUUAAGAGAGAAAAGCUGCUGGAGGAGGAGGAAGUGAAUAAAAAGAACAAGUAAGAGGGAUGAAAGAUUUGUUUGGCAUGGGGAGGACAUGGUACACGUUGAGCAGAAAAGGAGAAUGAAAGAAGAAAAACCUUUCUGCAUGAGAUCAGAAAGGAGGGACUCUUGUUCCUCAAGAAGCUGGUCAGCCAAACUUCCUUUGGAAGUAAUGGCAUGUUAAUUCCACUGGGAAUCCAUUCCUCACAUAUGCCAAGAGGAUACUAUAUCCUGCUUCCUUCACAGGGGCACACUUCCGGAGAAUGGUCUGCGUCUCCAGCUCCCAGGCUGAUGGGCAAGAGUGCAACCAAGGCGUCCGUGCAGUUCCUGGUUUCCCUUUCUGGAUCCCAGGUCAGCCCUACCAAGGCACUGAAGGAAUCCUCAUAGAAGCAUCUUUGUCCUCGUGCCUCUUCGCCACUUCCCAUUGUUUGUGUGGGUAUGGCACCUCCUCAGCCAGACUUUGGGCCAGAACUUGGCUGCUACAUCCGCACUAAAGGAGAGCUCCAAGAUAGAAGGUAGGAGAAACUAUCCAUUGAAUGACCCAUAGGAAAGCUUCCUUCCCAUGUCCCCCAUCAUCAUGCCCCAGACUGGUGCUAGCAUGGCUUGGAGCCAGGCGCCUGCUGAUGUCUCUGCUUUGCAGCGAGGGAAAGCAGCAGCCUAGCUUUGGAAACUGCCUCUGUUGUCCUGUCCUCAUCCCAGGAGAGACUGGAGCCCAGAAGAAGGACAGAUGACUGGGGCAGGAGGAAGGAGGGGGUCCUUAUGAAACACAUAAGAAGAGCCUGCUGGAUCAGGCCCAUGGCCCAUGUGCUCCAGCAUCCCUUUCCCUCUGGGGCUUCCCAGAUGCUUGCAAGCAGGAUUCAAGCACCAGAGCCCUCUGCCCACCUAUGGCUUCCAACAACUACUUUGGAGAAGCAUAGCUGCCUCUCACUGUGGAGGCAGAGCGUUGCCAUCAUGGCUAGUAGCCUUUGAUAGCUCUCACCUCCAUUGAAUCGUCUAAUCCUCUUUUAAAGCCAUCUUAUCUGAGAUGCUCUUCCGGUGCAUCUGAUUCUCCCAUGCUUCAUUGUUCCAGCAAGAAGGUGGCAGGCUAUUGUGAGGUCGACAGUGUGAUCUUGCCCUCGCACCAUACAAAGUUACAGUUGGUUCGUAAUUGCAUGCACAUCAUUACCCGAUCCAGUGCUUUUCUUUAGAGAAAAAGUUUCCAGUACAGUACUGCAUAUCCUUGAGUACCCCCAGAAAAAAGCACCAAUUAUAUCACAACCACCGCACCAUACAUUGAAAGCCCUCUUCUACCACUUUCAAGCUCUUGACUUUUAAAAGUAUCUUUCAAAAAAACCACCAAAGUCCUUUUUGCCGGGGAUAAUUCAGACGGAAAUUCCCAGGUGUCAAAAAAGGUUGUUUAUGUAUGCCACUACUGUGGCCUGUGUUUCAUUAGCCCAAAAAUGGUAAACGAGUGAGGUCCCAACUAAAGAAGAAUGACAACUUAAACUGAUGGGAUAUGCACAGCUUGCAGACUUAACAUAUAGAAUAAGAGAACAAGAAGAGCAUAUGUUUAGAGAACAUUGGAAAACGUUUAUUGAAUACAUGGGAAAUAACUGUGUACACUUGAAAACUUUGGCAGCAUUAAGAUAAAUUCAACAGUGUAAAUAAGUUUUGAUGGAUGUAAUAAUGGGAUACUGAAGGGUUUAGCUUUUGUAAAAUAUGCAGAGAUUCAUGAAAUGCAAAGGAACAAGGGUAGAAAGAUAAGCUACAUUUGCAGGGGCAGCGGUCACAAGCCACUCUCAUGACAGCUGCAGAAUGGGAGUAUUAAGAACGGGAGAACAGCUCGUCUGAAUCGGACUAAACAGCUUUCUGAAUAUAAACAGAAGACUACACAGCAGCGUUAUGUGUUACUUUCUUAGCCCCACCGGUGUAGGGAUAGCAGCACAGGAUAAAGCUACAGGACUGCUUCAGGACUCUUCCAGCCCAACCUGCAACAGGGGUACUAGACUACAUUGCAGGCUUCUUGUAAAGCACUUUCUCUUCAUUGCCCUGACUCCAACAUCAUAGCUGUCAACUUUCAGAUUUGAAAAUAAGGUAUCAGCAGCCUCGAAAAUAAGGAAUCAGCAGCCUCACCUGUCCCGGGGACAGUCUACAGGAUAUCUAACAAUCCAGGAUAGCAGUGGGAAGUGGCGCUGGAAUAAGGGAAUUUCCCACAAAAAAAGGGAAGGUUGACAGCUAUGUCCAACAUGCAAUACUCAAAGUGAAUUACACUGCAGAGCCGUCAUACUCCCAGCCGCAACCACUUCAAACUUUCAUUAUGGGAUAAUGAACUGCGUUUGUAUGGAAAUCUGCAUUUUUUAAAACGUCUAAAAGCAAAACAAGGGUUUCCCUCCCCGCACAUCAAAUGAGUUUCGAUUAGAGGAGCACAAACUACCGGUAUUUGCUGCUACCAUUUUGUUCAGUGGUUAACGUGCUGGCAUACGUUUACAGGGGCAUGAACAUCUUGGCUUUCUCUGCAGAUUUCUGGGGGUGGUGUGAAUAAGCAAAAAUAGCAGAACAGCACACGUUCAGUAUAACUUUUUAAAAAAAAUUCAGUUCUCCUUAUCCCGAGGACUCAGGAUUUGUAUUCAUAGCUUUCAAAACCAAUGAAACCGAUAGACAGCGCAAGCGACUUUCACAAUGAUGAAAAGCGAAUGCAUGAAAUAAUAACAGUAAUUGCACGUCUGAAGUAGACGGUAGUGUGCAAAAGCCAAUGCUGCGGCAGAUUUGUGUUAAUCUUUGAUGUCUCACUUCCAAAGAUGCUGCACAGAACUCUUUUUUUUAAUCCUCUUUUGAAGAAAAGCAGGCUGAGUCAUUUCCUAUAGGGCUCAAGUAUGAUAGCAAUUUAACUAUGUGAUGCUUUCACUUGUUAAGUGUUACCAGGCAAUGGCUGUCCUGAUACAAUCUGGAAGAGCUCUUGAUUUCCUUCCAGUGCUGGCGCAGUCGUUUUUAAUUCACAUGGAACUUUAGCUGCCCUCGCCUCAUACUAAAAGAAUGCUCAGGACCUGAUUUUAUGUGCCUGAAAGAAAGGAGGUGGUGGAGGAAGCGGUUAGCAGCAGAUAAAAGUACCAGAGAGCCUGGCAUUAAUGCACUAAAAUAAUGCUACAGUGACUGGGCAACCUUCCUCUGUUAGGGAGAUUGCAUUUAAUAGUCUAGGAUGGCAAGGGGGAUUUUCCUUUAAUGGAUGCUAAUUUGGGGGCUAUUGCAGGUAUCAUUUGUUAUGGCUGUGCAAGGGGGGGGGGCACCUAAGCUCCCGUAUUUCAGACACAUGGUUCAUACCGUGCUUUUUUCUGGGGGGGGACGCAUACCCCUAAACAUUUUGUGAAUCUAAGUUUGGCCUCAUUGAGAGGCAAGAUUUCAAUAUGAGUAGGAAAAUGAGAGUACCCCUAAACAUUUUUUUUUAAAGGAAAAAGAGCACUGGGUUCAUAUAUUUAGAUACGUGUGCGUUUAUGAAUAUUUGUUCUAUAUUUGAGACCUUUGAAUUCUUAGAACAAUGUUCACCCCGAUCCUGGAGGGCUGGAUCGAAGGAAGGCUCUUCAUAAGAGCUGGAUCAGGCCAGUGGCCCACCUACAGCAGCAUCGUGGUCUCACUCGGUUCUGACCCCCCCUAAAAUAAAUCUUGGCUAGGCUAUGUUCAAAAGCAUUAUUAUUAUUAUUAUUAUUAUUACUACAAUAGAAGGGGUUUUUUUUAAAUAGUAUUUAUUAAAGUUUUAAGUUGACAAAAAGGCAAAAGAAAAAACACCAAAUUGAACAAUAACAAAACCAACACAUCACAAUAAAAAAACAGAAAGAUAAUAACAAUUAAAAACAGAAGAAAAAAGAAAAAAAACAAAUCGAACCUUCCCAUAACUUAUCUUUCAUUUGCUUGUUUCCCUGACCUCCUCACACCUCCCUUUUUUGUAUUCUAAGUCAAUUAUCCAUUUCAGCAAAUCCUUUCCCUCUCUUCAAAAUUUUUAUCCUGAAAAUUUAUCUUAAUCUUGAUAUAAGUUUACUUUCCCUCUUUUCACCAAUUAACAGUCUAUUUUUCUUAAAUCUUUGAUACAUUUUUGCUAAAAUCACCUAGAUUCAUUCCAACAUCAUUCUAACAUUCAUUAAUUUUACAAUGUUUCUGUAAAUAAUCUUUAAAUUUCUUCCAAUCUUCCUCCACCAACUCUUCUCCCUGGUCUCGGAUUCUGCCUACAAUAGAAGGGUUUUGUUUAGUAGCAUUUCCUAAUCUGUGGGUCACACAGCCUGUGCAAAUGGAUCACAGGCUUUAGAAGUAAACCCCAAGAAUCAGUCCUUAACUGAUAUGAACGCCUCUAGUUUUUUUAGCAUGAUAAUACUUUUUUGACGUUUGUAACUGAACAUCAGAAAGACUCAAGCUCUAUUAUCGCAGGGCUGCCAUACGUCCCUGUUUCUCCAGGACAUGUCUGGGAAUCUGACUGUCAAAAUGGAGUCUGGGCGGAAUUUUGCCGAAUUGGAAAACCUGGACGCAUGGCAACUAGGGCGAUGUUCUGAAAAAAACCUCAACUACUUAAAUAAAUACUUUUUUUGUUGUUUUUGUGUUAUGUUGGAUAUGUGAUUGUAAAACUUUAAUUUGAAAAACCAAAUAAAUUUAUAUAUAUAUACAGUGGUACCUUGGUUUAAGAACAGCUUAGUUUAUGAACAACUUGGAUUAAGAAUGCUGCAAACCCAGAAGUAGGUGUUUUGGUUUGUGAACUUUGCCUUGGAAGCAGAACAUGUUCCGCUUCCUGUUGAAUGUGUUCCAUUUGUAAAUUGGGUCCCCCACUGCUAUGGGAAAGCACACCUUGGUUUAAGAACGCUUUGGUUUAAGAAUGGACUUCUGGAACGGAUUAAGUUUGUAAACCAAGGUACCACUGUAUAUAUAAAAAAGAGAUACGUAACUGAAUUUGACACCUGAAUAAAAACGUCAAGUAAACCCUCCAUCAUGCAUGCUGGGGUGUGCUUCUUGGUUUCAUAUUUACCCGUUUUAGAAUCUUGCAGCUGUAGUAUGAAUAGCUUAGUUUCUUCUUCGUUCUGUCUGGAAGGAUGUGAGCGAGUGUUGAGGAACAGAGUCUACCUUGUUGAUAAGGAACCAGUGUUUCCUUCAUUGCAGCUAUAAAGGAGUAAGGGCACAAUCACAACAGUGCUGACAAACCAAGAUAAGGUUUCAAGAGGGGUUCACUGAAAGUUUAAUCCUACGUGCCCUACUUAGAAAAAAAAAUUCUUUAAAAGCAUUCAAACAUCAGGAACAUUUGAAUACAGUCCUUCCUGUUGCCUCUGCAGCGUCAUUAUUAUGUUUUAUAAUUGUAUUAUUAUUUAGAAGAACCACAGAUUAAGAUGUGAAACAAGACAAAACUCCGAAAACAAAGUUCCUAAGCACUAAACUGGGAACCAGCAUUUCACAAGUCUAUACACAUUCCAUGCUAGGCACCAUCUAGUGGCCUAUUUCCAUACAAAACUCAUGAAACUGCCCUCCUGUCUUAUCUAAUGCUGUUUAUGUGAGCGUCCGUCUGAUACUGGGGAGUGGGUGGAAGCAGCAACAACAUUUGUAAUCUCCGUCUGCAUGUAUGAAAAAAGCCAUAAAGCUUGAUUUUGCUCGGGUUUUUCCACCCCUAGCAAGCUACAAGUAGUUCAUACCACAAACCUAUAUGUCUGCUCAGAAGGAAAUCCCAUUGGGUUAAAUGGAGUUUGCACCCAGAUAAACGUUCUAGGUCAGAUUAUACCCUCAGUCUAUAGGAUUAUAGCACUGAGGUUACACACCAUUAAACUAAGCCCUUACAGGUGUUCCAUUAACUUAUAUUUUAUCUUCAUCAAUUCUCAGGUGA